AUGGAACUACCGAACUCAAUAUCAGAAUCAAAGAAACAACAAAUUGAAAUCUUUAGAAAGUAUGCUAAAUACGAUGAAGAUCGUAAACAACAUAUUCUUGAUUAUGAUUCUUUUAUCAAGUUAAUUUCAUCUUCAACCAAGUUAUACAACAAAUUCACAGAUCAUCAUUAUAAUUAUCAUCAAAUUCCUCAUCAAACAUUUGGUGUCAUUUUCCUAGCCAUGGAUGAAAAAAAUAAAGGUUAUAUGACAAUAAGUGAUUGGUUUCAGUUCAACAAUUUAUUGAAUAAUAGAAACUAUAACUAUAUCAUUCUUUAUGAAUUUUUCAGAAAAUUUGAUUCAAAUUCAACAAAUAAAGCUAUUAAUUACAACCAUAAAUUUUUAAGUUUUGAUGAAUUAUUAUUGAAUUUCGAAGAUUUUAAGGCCACUAUUCAUAAGGCCCAAGAAUUUGUAUCAAAUGAUUUCUUGAAAUCAAAUGGGUUAAAUAUUGACUGGAAUAAAUUGAGUUGGUUAAGCUUGUAUACAUCAUCACCAUUAAAAGAUGUUUUCAUUAAUUUGAAUUCUGUCAUUACCAUUUUACAAAGUGAUUUAGCUAAUGAGAAAUUAUCAAAUUUUUUCGAAAAAUUAUCAAUAUGGAAUUCUUUAAACAAUACUAGGGAGAUCUCCAAGAAUCAAUUGAUUUAUGUUUUGGAAACCUUAUACAGUCACAAGAUUUCAAAUCAAGUUUUUGACUCUUUGAAUUUUUCAAAUGAAAAGCUUAUCAAAUCAACUAAUAACUCCAUAAAUUUCACAGUGGUUAAAGAUUUACAUUAUCUUUUCAAUAAUUUCGAUUUAAUUAAUCAAAUCUUGCUGAAAUAUUAUCAAAUUUAUAGAGUCAAUUCACCAGGUCCAACUUCUUUACCUAUUACUAAAAGUGAUUUUGUUUCAUUUAUUAAUUUUGAAUACAACAAGGUUAACAAUAUUUCACAAUUUUCUCCUGCUCAAAUCAACUUGUUAUUUUCCAUUGUGGCUAAUUAUAAAUCAAACUUGAUUGAUGCUAAAAAGAAGAAUAUGUUGAAUGAAAUCCAUCAAGCUGCUCAAAAAAUGGCUGAACAAGCAGCUAAUGAACCAUCGGAUCCAGUGGAGUCAUCAAAUAAAUUGGCAACUUUUAAACAGAAUUAUGAUCAUGUCACAAAUGAAAUAAACAAUGCUGACUAUUUAGAUUCAGGUGCUGUUAGUUCUCAAUUAACAAUUCAAGAUUUCCUGCAAAUUACAAAUCCAAAUUAUUUAAAUGAUAUUGUACAUGAAAAUGAAGUUGCAAAACCAAGAAUCAAUUCAAAUUAUUAUUUCUAUCCUGUUUUCGAUUCACUUUAUAAUUUUUCAUUGGGAUCUGUUGCUGGUGCAAUCGGUGCAACUAUUGUUUAUCCAAUUGAUUUGAUUAAAACAAGAAUGCAAGCUCAAAGAGUUUUAAUUUAUAAAAAUUCAUUGGAUUGUUUUGUAAAAGUUUUAUCAAAAGAAGGUAUUAGAGGGUUGUAUUCAGGUUUAGGUCCCCAAUUGAUUGGUGUUGCACCUGAAAAGGCUAUCAAAUUAACUGUUAAUGAUUUGGCCCGUUCGUUUUUCACUGAUAAAAUUUCCAAAAAGAUUUCAUGGCCUUUAGAAGUCUUAUCCGGUGCUUGUGCUGGUGCUUGCCAAGUUGUAUUUACAAAUCCUUUGGAAAUUGUCAAGAUUAGAUUACAAGUUCAAGGUGAUUAUAAUGUUGCUGAUAGAUUAUCAGCUGGUAAACUUAUCAGACAAUUGGGAUUACCUGGUUUAUACAGAGGUGCUUCAGCUUGUUUAUUAAGAGAUGUUCCAUUUUCUGCUAUUUAUUUCCCAACUUAUGCUCAUAUCAAAAAGGACAUCUUCAAUUAUGAUCCUUCCAAUAAAAGAUGUCGUAAUAAAUUAAAGACUUGGGAAUUGUUAGUUAGUGGUGGGUUAGCUGGUAUGCCUGCAGCAUUUUUAACCACUCCAUGUGAUGUUAUCAAAACAAGACUACAAGUUGAUGCUAAACAAGGUGAAACUCAAUAUAAAGGUAUUUUCCAUGCUUUCAAAACUAUUUUAAGAGAAGAAUCACCAAGAUCAUUCUUUAAAGGUGGUGCUGCAAGAGUUUUAAGAUCUUCACCUCAAUUUGGUUUUACUUUAGCUGCUUAUGAAAUUUUCCAGUCUGUAUUCCCAUUACAUGGUUCUGGUUUAUCAAAUAUUGAAACAACACCUUCAUCACCUGCUAAUUUGACCAAGAUUGGUAAAAACACUACAAAGAUUCUGAAUGAUUCAGUUGCUGAAGAUAUGAAGAAAAGAUAUUACUUGAAUUAUUAUUACAAGAGUUGUCAAAUUUCCAAAACAUUUAUUGACUUGGAUUAUAACUUUAAGGAUUUCAACUUUGAUGUUUACAAAAAGUUUUAUGAAGAGUUGAAGAAGAAGGGUGAUAAUUGA